UAAUUGCGUUUCUUCAGUUAAUCGUCCAAAGUUUUUUCAAAUUAAUAUUAUAAAUUAUUCGGUUUUUAGGGUUCUUGCUGGUCGAACUCUCUUCGCUACACUUUCUUACACGAUCGAUGCAAUCUACUCUGAGAGUGUUACACGCUAUGAUUUUCCUUUUGAUCAGUUCACUCUUCUGCUGUUUUAUGUGGCCGAUUGUUGUCCAAACUUAAAGGCAAUGAAUGUCCAUUUUCAACUGCAGGGCGAGUUUUCAGAUGACGACUUCAAAGUACUUUCGAAAUGGUUGAGCAAUACAUUUAAAGAAUUUAUUUCUGGAGGUAAACUUUCAUCUAUGGGCCUUAACUGUGACUUGACAAUUUCCUUUCGAGUUUUCUUUCCUGAAUCUACUUUAAUGGAGGCUGUUAAAAUGGAACAUGAAUUGGUGAAAAUGGGCGAACAAAAGCAGAUGGAAGGCUCUACAGCAGAUUUGGACGUUCCAGACACUUAUACUAUUUCUAGACAGAUAAAAAUCCAGGAAAAUCCGCCAAUCAGUGUUUGUUUUUAA